AUGGGCAAUUGUAUAAAACCUUUCGACACUGAGCUUCAUUCAAUUGCGAGCACCUCCUUUACUGUCGACACCAAGCCGAUUAAGGAAUCUGGCUUGCCAAUCAUCUUUAUCAUUGGGGGACCAGGGGCUGGAAAAAGAACAUUGUGCUCAAAGGUGGCAGAGAAGUACGACUUCCUCAAGAUAAUCAGCGCCGAUAUUAUCCGACAAGAGGUGGCGAAACGAACGGAGAGAGCAUUUGUGUUGGCGCGAAUGAUGUCGGAGGGUCAUCUGGUACCAACGGAUAUAUUGCUCGAAUUGAUUACGGUCAACAUUCUGACCAAUUUGCACGACAAGAAAGGUAUCAUCGUCUCCGGGUUUCCGAGGCGGAGGAGUCAGUGCCAAGUGUUCGACAGGGAAGUGAGGCCACCCGAUCUCGUUUUAUUUCUGAACGUACAAAACUCGGUCCUGAGCGAUCGAAUCAUGGCCAGAAGCAUCACAACCACUGAGAGACCAUUCAUCAACUUCGAUAUCAUCAAGAGAGACAUCAGGGAAUUCCAUGAAAGAAAUCUACCGAUAGUUAAACACUACAAGAAGCUUUUGGCGAUCAUCGAUGGAAAUAACGACGCAAAGACCGUGUACGAAGAAGCAUGCAGGAUUAUCGACGAUCUUCUCAUGAACUUCCAGAGAACGUCAACCUCGGCAGAAGUAAAAACUGUUGCAUCUUCGGACGAGGUUAUAGACGAACUGGAAAGAACGUAG